AUGAAUCCUAUGAGUCCGAUGGCUGCUGAGGCCCCGAGGCGUGCUCACCUCUACGUCGGGAAUCUGAGUCCCCGGGUAACAGAGUACAUGCUUACCGAGAUCUUUGCCGUGGCUGGGCCCGUGCAGCAUGUGAAGAUCAUCCCCGACCGCAACUACCAGCAUGGUGGCCUCAACUACGGCUUCGUCGAAUACAUGGACAUGCGCGCUGCGGAGACUGCCCUCCAGACGCUCAACGGACGCAAGAUCUUCGAUACCGAGAUCCGUGUCAACUGGGCGUAUCAGGGCCAGCAGAACAAGGAGGACACGAGCAGCCACUAUCACGUUUUCGUCGGCGAUCUCAGUCCCGAAGUCAACGACGAGGUGCUCGCGAAGGCCUUCAGCGCAUUCGGCACGCUCUCGGAUGCUCGUGUGAUGUGGGACAUGAACUCGGGCAAGUCGCGCGGGUACGGUUUCCUCGCCUUCCGCGAUAAAACCGACGCGGAACAGGCCAUCGCCACCAUGAACGGCGAGUGGCUGGGUUCACGCGCGAUCCGCGUCAACUGGGCCAACCAGAAGACGCAGGGCGCGCCUCCGAGUGGUGGUAUUCCCGGACGGAGCCCCCCCAGCAUGGGAGGCGGUGCACCGGCACCGAUCAACUUCCAGGGCGGCCCGCUCUCGUACGAGUCCGUCGUUCAGCAGACGCCCGCGUACAACAGCACGGUUUACGUCGGCAAUCUGGUGCCAUACUGUACGCAGGCGGACCUCAUUCCGCUCUUCCAGUCCAUCGGCUACCUCUCCGAGAUCCGCAUGCAGGCCGACCGUGGCUUUGCGUUCGUCAAGCUGGAUACGCAUGAGCAUGCUGCGAUGGCAAUCGUACAGCUGCAGGGCCAGAUGGUGCACGGACGUCCCAUCAAAUGCAGUUGGGGCAAGGACCGCGCCGAUGGCGGAACGGCUCUUUCCUCAGGCUCAUUGAGCCCUACUCCUGCUGCCGCGCCGUAUGCGAAUGUGCCAAUGUACGGCAUGCCUCAGCCUAACACUUAUGGUCAGUACCCUGGCUUCACUGGCUACGCUGGCUUCCCUGGCCAGGCGGCUGGCACUGGUGCUACUGGCGCAGCUGCGCCAGGCAUGGGCAGCCCUGGGACUACAGGAAUGGCGAUGAGCGCAGGUGCCCAGGCCGGUGUCGCCGAUCCCACCGCUGCCGCAGGGCAGGCUGCGCAGGCACAGUGGGCUGGUGCUGAUCCCAGCUCUUAUUAUUCAAAUUAUUGGGGUGGCUAUUAUGGCCAACAAGCUGCCGGCCAAGAUCCUCAGCAUCAGGGAUCUGCCUGA